AUGCCGAAGGCAACAGUCUCCAAACAGGAUGAGGGGUCUGACGACGUGAGCAUCAUCGAUGAUGGCAGUUUGCAUUUCACGGCCGAAGGAGGAGCCAACUCGACUCAAUUGACCUACCAAGAGGCCAGCGGGGCUCCGAUCGAGGUGAAUUCGCCGUUGGGAUACUCGGUGGGCUACGUGACUGUGGUGUUUCUCAACCUGAGCAAGAUGAUCGGCACGGGUGUCUUCACAACGCCUAAUCCGAGCCCAUCUAUUCCUCAGCAUCAACCGUUCUCAACGGAGCUGGCUCCGUGGGUCUCAGUCUAUUCUACUGGGUCAUCGGGUACCUGGUUGCCUCGAUCCUACCCGCGACCGAAAUAUUUCUUCCCGACCGUGUUUGCAAUGCAGACGGUGCUGUUUUCAUUUAGUAGCAGCAAUGCCGUAGUGUUGGCUCAGUACCUUUUCAAACUCGCUGAGUCCGAGGCCUCAGACUGGCAGCUCAAGGGGGUUGCUGUUGCUUCCUACAGCGUUGCUUUCCUAGUGCUGGUUUUCAAUACAAAAUGGUCGCUUCAUCUGGCCAACGCAAUCGGCUUCGUCAAGCUCAUCACCUUGAUCUUCAUCGGCAUCACUGGCCUGGUUGUCCUUGGAGGCAACGUAUCCGCCAUUCCAGAUUCCAAAAUCAACUUCCGAAAUGCCUUCGAGGGCACCUCAGCAGCGACUGUAUACGGAGCCACCAAUGCGCUGGUCAAGGUCAUGUUUUCCUACAAGGGAUACGAAAAUGCCUUCAACGUGGUUAACGAAGUCCGAAACCCUGUCAAAACCCUCCGAUGGAGCGCCCCCGUCUCCCUCACCCUGACAGCCACCCUCUACAUGCUGGCUAAUAUCGCCUACUUUACCUCCGCAUCAAAGGAUGAGAUCCUCAAAUCCAAAAUCGGAGUGGCUAGCCUAUUCUUUGAAAAGGUCUUCGGAACCAGUGGCGCAUCGCGCGCACUCAACUUCCUAAUCUGUCUCAGCGCUUUUGGCAACCUGAUUGCCGUGUUAAUCGGGCAAUCUCGUGUGCUUCGCGAAUGUGGCAGACAAGGAGUACUCCCAUUUACUGGAUUCUGGACCUCCACGCGUCCCUUCGGCACACCAUUGGGUCCAUACACAUUAAAGUGGGCAUUGACGGUGAUAAUGAUCCUGGCUCCUCCGGCCGGGGAUGCGUUCAAUUUCGUGGUCGAUCUAAGUAUGUACCCGGCGACUGCAUUUGACUUCCUCCUUGCCAUCGGACUUCUCUUCACGCGCUACCACCGCAAACGUCUAAACUUCCCCAAGUCUGGGUAUCGUGCUUGGGAUAUCGCCGUUUGUUUCGCCAUUCUCUCCAAUUUGUACUUAUUGGUAGCUCCGUGGUAUCCACCAUUAGGAGGCGCAACCGGAGGAGAUGUCAGCUUCUGGUAUGGGACGUACUUAGUUGUUGGAAUUGCCAUUAUUGGCGUUUGUGGUGUAUACUAUUAUGUCUGGAUUAAGAUCCUGCCCAAGAUGGGAGGGUAUGAGUUCCGACAGACGAUUCUGAAAAUGGAAGGAGGUGCGACGGCCCAUAAAUUGGUCAAGGUACCCAAUGAUCAUCUGGAGAGCUGGGAUGCAGAGCACGAUGCUGCUGGGAGACUUCGUCACAGGGGGGUGCGCGCCAAUUCAGCCGAGUUGGGAAAGCCAGUCUAG